UGGGGAAAGUAGAGUUCCUGUCUGUAGGCGGAUCCGUCAAGGAUAGAAUAGCGAAGGCCAUGGUUCUCGCUGCCGAAAGAGAUGGAAUCCUCAUACCAGGGAAGAGUGUUAUUAUCGAACCCACGUCAGGAAAUACAGGUAUGUCAGACUGUUCCAUUGGUCCAUCUGGAUAUCGAGUGAUUAUCACCAUGCCAAACAGAAUGUCUCAGGAGAAGGAAGCGCUUCUUCGGGCACUAGGUGCCGAAGUCGUCCGUACGCCUGACGAUGCACCGUGGGAUUCUCCGGCAAGCCACAUAGGUAGAGCUUUCCACAAGCGUCCAGGCGCGCCUCUGUUUUGGAUUACAACGCUAAUACGACUUGUCCAGGUCAAUAAUCCGCUGGCACACGAAUAUACUACAGGUCCCGAGAUUAUCGCUGCUGUAGCUUCUACUCCUUCAACCUCGGCGAAACCUUCGUCCUUAAAGGUGGACGUAUUUGUGGCUGGUGCAGGAACCGGAGGCACAAUUACGGGUGUAUCACACGCAUUGAAGAAAGACCACAAUCCAGAAUGUAUUGUUAUUGGAGUUGACCCAGUCAGAAUCCACUUCGAUCACACGGCCUCCCCUCCUCUGACAUUAGUCGACAGAUUGGCAGCGCUCUUGCUUCGGGUGGACAUCCUAAUGACGAAUGCCCCAAACCCUACGUUGUCGAGGGCAUUGGCUAUGACUUCGUGCCCGAAUGUUCUUUCGCACAACCCUGCCGAUAUUGACCACUGGGUGAAGACCAGCGAUAACGACGCAUUCCAGGCGGUUGAAAGACUCAUGAAGACGGAAGGGCUCUUAGUCGGAGGAAGUAGCGGCAGUGCUCUCAGCGGUGCCUUGGCAUGGCUGAAAACCGAACAGGGUCAGAAGAUCGCGCAAACGGAGGGUUUGAAUGUAGUGAUCCUCCUGGCUGACGGUAUUCGCAAUUACAUGAGCAAGGAGUGGUUCUUGGAUUUUGCUCUUCGCCCCGGCACUUCGCGUAUUCCACAGACAACGUCGGAUACGGGAAAUUAGUGCAACUAUGCAUGCGGGUUUAUCGGUGCAAUUAGCAUUCUGAUCUAGCACUGGAUGUCAUGAUGCGUAACGUGUUUACAGAUGCCUAUAUACGAGAGAAAGAUUCCAUGAUCAACAAAGUCUGAGGGUGGUUGGUUGACAGUUGCGAGG